GAAAUGGUUGAGUUCAUAUUCUUGAAGGUCAUCUAUUGUGUAUCUUCCACACAGUUUUUAGUUUUUAGUUUUUACUCCCACCGUACCCUUGUAGAUUACACAGAAUUUCUCUCCAUUUCGUUUUAUUUGCUUCUUGCGAUUGAAUAUAAGCUAAGCCGCGUGUUCAUCUAAUAAGCAUAAAUCUCUCACAUCUUCAUCCUCAUUCCUUAUCACCAAUCUUCUAGCUAGUUAAUUCAACACCAUUAAUGAUUGAAAAAUGGUCCUCCAAAUAGUGGCAAUAACCCCCUUCUGGUUUUCCACCUAUAUAAACUCUUCUAUCUUCCCAUUUUUUGGGAUACCAAACUCAUCAUCCAAAAAUUGUUUAUCACUGCUUAUUUCAUCAACUUGCUCACCAUUUGGCUUCAAUUCUCCAUACGUACGUGGACUACAUGUGCUUGUUUACGGAAAGAUCAAACAUUGCUGUUGAUUCUUCUUUGGUCAAAUCUGCAUAGAUAUAUAUAUACCUCUUUACCAGGGGCCUAUAAAAACACGAAGAAAGCAGCCAAAAACUUUGCUCAACACAAAAUCCAAAAAUGUUGAUGAGAAUGAUGGAAGAAGUGUCUUCAUCCCAAGUCGAUCCGCCAUUCCUAAAAACAUACAACAAACUGUUUGACAACUUAAACGAAACCGCUUCCGGCGCCGCCGGCCAAAAGCUUAUUCGUGACGCGGAGCUUUUCAGUCUAGAACAAUGGGAGCUGCCAUUGAUUGAUCUUGAGAAGCUGAACAAGGGAGAAUCCCAAAGAGCAAAAUGCAAGGAUGAAAUAGCCAAGGCAUCCAAAGAGUGGGGUUUUUUCCAGGUGAUAAAUCAUGGGAUCCCUCGUGAGAUUUUGGAGAAAAUGAGGUCGGAACAAAUCAAAGCAUUCAGGCGACCGUUUCAUGAGAAGGUUGAAAGUAAUGAUGAGGACUCUAUCUUGGCCGAAAGUUACAAGUGGGGGACUCCGUCGGCGACUUGUCUCGAUCAGUUGUCUUGGUCGGAAGCUUAUCACGUACCUCUCAGCUCUAUCUCAGCUUCAGAUGAAUCCGAUCAUCAUUAUGGUGGCGAUGGUCUCCGCUCAACAAUGAAGAACUGUGGGAAGGCAAUGUCAGAGCUAGCACACAAGCUGGCAGAAAUCUUGGCUGAAAACUUGGGUCAUAAAUCAACUUUCUUUAGACAAACAUGUUUGCCAAGCACUUGCUACCUUCGAAUGAACCGUUACCCACCUUGUCCCAUAUCUCCUCACGUUUCCGGUUUGAUGCCACACACAGACAGUGAUUUCAUCACCGUUUUACAUCAAGAUCAAAUUGGAGGUUUACAGUUAGUGAAGGAUGGGAAAUGGAUCGCAGUUAAACCCAACCCCGACGCCCUAAUCAUUAACAUUGGCGAUCUAUUCCAGGCAUGGAGCAAUGGGGUGUACAAAAGUGUUGAACACAGGGUGGUGACCAAUAUGCUGAAUGAAAGGUUCUCCCUUGCAUUUUUCCUGUGUCCAUCGUACGAGACUGUAAUUAAAAGCUGCGUGGAUCCUGCAGUCUACAGAAGAUUUAGCUUUAAGGAAUACAGGGAUCAAGUCCAAGAUGAUGUCAAAAAAUUUGGUCACAAAGUAGGUCUCCCGAGGUUUCUAGCAGUCUAAAAAUCUUCAUUCCGAAAGUUGUAAUAUCCUUUUCAAAUUAAUUAGUAUACCCCCGCUGCCAUAUUUAUGGCUAAUGUAGUUUUACAAAUAUACCAUAUAAAAUAGUGAGGAAAGAGCUAGGAUUUGAUUAUAAUAUAACUAUCUAAGCAUCGAUGAGAGGAUCACUUCGUACUCGCUAGUGAUUUGUAGAAUGGUUUUUUUUUUUUUUAAGAGUAACAUAUAUUAGGGUUCAAUUGUUGAAUUUCUCUAAAUCAGCAUGAGUUGUAACAUUUUUCCAUUUCCAUCCAAGGAAAAAAAGAAAAUGCUACGUCUGAUCGGCC